AUGGCACAAAACCGUACGAACCACAACACUGAAGAGGAGUUCGAUGACACUCCGCUCAGUAGUAUUUCAAAACCUCAGCUCGACCAACUCACGAAACUGCUAUGGAUGGACCCAGGCGUCAAUGUAGUCAUGCCAGACCAAAAGUGGCUACAGUCACAAUAUGACGGCGUAGCCAGACUUGACAAGUCCAACCGUCGCUCGAAGAAUAUUUGGAAACGUUUGUCAUCCGGGUUGGAGAACCUGAGCCUCACGCCCAGACAUGUAAACGAUGGAAGACCAACAGCUUGCCUUUGCGAGUUCCAUCGUGACCUCAAUCCCAAACUGAUCCGACGUUUAAUGGGCCUCAUCACGGCUGAGUGUACUGUACGCAUUCAUCGUUAUCGUGAAUGGCGUCGGCGCAACACUCCCCCUCCUCUUGUUACCCAUUGGCUUGACCGCAUCGAUGCUAUGACCGGACUCUGGAUGAGCCGAGAUGCGUUCAACGCCGCCUUUGGUUAUGAACGCGUUUCGCCAACCCAGAAUAACGUCCGGAGCAAAUGCGAGGCCUGUAUCAUGGCAGCUAUCGGAGGCAGACCUCAUGCGUUGGCCUACCUGCGAGCUUCCAUGAUCGGGCGACGUGAACGUCAUGUUGACCAACGCCGCCCCAUGCCCAGAUUGCUUCGAGUAGUGGAGUCCUGGAUUGGGCACUUCAAGGCUGACGUUCGCAGGGCUACUAUGGUAGACAGUCUCCAAAUCAGCGAGGAACUUGACAAACUGGAUGCCGUUAUCGACGAUUGGAAGAGGGAGCGCCGCCAUCGUUCUCGCCAAACAGGAGCACCGCCAAGGCCAAGUCGUCACCGAGAAUCGGGAGCAUACGAAGUAGAUGUCCACAGUCGCCAAGGGCGAGACUCCCAUGAGGAAUACAUCCGGCAGAGCUAUACCACGGAGGACAGUUACGAUAGUAGAUCCCCACGCCACAGUAGUCGUUUCGAUGACGACGAGCAACAAUGGAUGGACAACGACGAAAUCUACCAAGCGUCGAUCUACUUGGACUGUCAGAUGCAGAGGCAAGGUUUGACAGAGGCCAAGCGCCGGGAGAUUUUUGAGAAUGACAUGCACCCUGCCGUUCAUGACUAUGCACAAGACGCAAUGCAAGUGCCAGUGGGCGACCGGCAGCGGAGAGAUGUCGAGCCACAACUCAGAAACGACAGAGCCUCUACUUUCAGCAUUUUAAGUGCUGUUCCGGCACCGCUCAACCUGACCAGAAAGCAUGGAGUACCCACGCCUCCUCACAGUAAUUCUGGUGACGAUGCUACGGAAACAAUCUGGGAGGAUGUCUCAGUGUUCUCUCCUCCACAGUCUGUGAUUGCAGGCGUUUCUACACGUCGACGCACUGCCGUGCCAAACACGGGAAGCGACAGCGAGUCUCUCCAUACCACUUUUGCUGAUAACCGAGCACAUCUCGAGUUUUGUCAAAAAUGGGGUUUCAGUCCGGGAUCUGAAUUCCGUGAAGCACCAUCAAUACAAUCACAAACUCAACGGGACGCAGAUAUAACCUCGGUUGCUGCAGGCUCAAGCGUAUACUCUGACCAUCCCGGCUUUCGUCGAUCUCAGCAAAAUUUGACGCCGCCGCCCGUUCCCCUGAAGAGCCGAUUGCGAGACUCUUGCAAUUAA